AUGCCUCAGAGUCAAGAUGUAGAACCUGCGAAAUUUCCGACGCAACAACUGUUCGUCCUAGCAAUAUGUCGUUUCUCGGAGCCCAUCGCCUUUACGUCAAUCAUGGCCUACACCUAUGAAAUGGUGAAGGACCUCGGUAUUGACGAGGGCCAGGCCCCAUUCUACGCCGGUCUGAUCGUGUCCGCCUACGCCGUCGCCGAGACGCUGACAUCAAUGGGCUGGGGUGCGCUUUCGGAUCGCGUUGGGCGCAAGCCCAUCGUCUUGUCUGGCCUCGUCGGCGUGGGUCUCUCCAGUCUCACAUUUGGAUUGGCCACCAACUACUGGGUGGCCUUUGCCGCGCGGCUCAUCGGAGGCGCCCUCAAUGGCAAUGUUUCGGUCAUGCAGACCAUGGUGGCCGAGAUGGUCAAGAACCCGGAGCACGAGCCGAGAGCUUAUGCCGUCAACCCCUUUGUAUGGACCCUGGGCUCCAUCAUCGGGACGGCGAUGGGAGGGUUCUUGGCUAAACCCGCCCACUUCUACCCGUCCAUCUUUCCAGCAGACGGCCUGUUUGGCCGCUACCCUUAUCUACUUCCAAACCUGGUAUCAGUGGCAGUGGUGGCCAUCGCAGUCAUACAGGGCAUUUUCUUCCUCGAGGAGACGCAUCAUCCUGGAGCAUACGACAAGGUUCCUGAUUCGAACGACCAGGCCAUCGACGACGACGACGUCGACGAGAUUGUUGAUGAGAACACACCCCUGAGAGGGGCAGAGCGUACCAGGAAAACUCGCACUUCCUUCUCGGACAACCCUUACCUCGUCGAGUCCAGUCUUCCUCUGCCUGUUGAUGAGCGUAUAGUGGAUCUUCGUCGUUCUUCUUUCGGCACCGUUCACUCGAUCAGGCCGGUUGUUGCACCAACAGAGGCCACGCCUGGUCCUGCGUCCGAGUCCUCAGGACCCGAGGAGAAGGAAAAGACGUUCAAUCCAACCGUCAUCAUGUUGGUUGUUCUAGUGACGAUAUUUUCGUAUCACCAGAUGGCAGCAGGCUCGCUUUUCCCGACCUACCUCUUGGACUUGCCGAAACAGCCACGGGGAACGCUGGACCUGAUGGGUGGCCUCGGUUACGACGUCCACGACGUCGGCACCUUCCUGUCCAUCAACGGCAUCGUCGCCCUCUUCGUGCAGGCCGUCAUCUUCCCCCUCUACGUAGAAAACGCCGGCAUCUGGUUCUCGCUUGUCAGCGUGGUGCUUCUCUACCCACUCAGCUACGUCUUCAUCCCUUUUCUGUCGAUGCUCUCUACGCCGGCCGCCGACGUGGGCAUCUACGCGUCCCUGUUCCUGCAGGCCUUUUGCGGCAUCGUCAUCUUCCCCACGGCGCUCAUCCUGCUAAAGGACGCCACGCCGUCGCCUUCCGGACUCGGCAAGGUUAACGGCCUGGCAAUGUCGGGCGCCUGCCUUGCGCGGACCAUCUCGUCGCCCAUCGCCGGCAUCAUAUACUCUGCGGCCGGGUCCGGAGCUGCCUGGUUCAGCUGCGUCGCGGUCGCCGUAGUGGGCAUCAUCCAGCUUGCAUGGCUGAGGGGUGGGAAGUUCAAGGUCAACAAGGUCGUUGUGGACAAUCCGAUAUCUGGGCAUGGUGUCGAGUCUGACGAUAAUGGGAGGGCGGCGUGA